AUGCGCAGUAUGAUGGAGAUCAGUGCGGCCAAAGAGGUCGCAAUACGCGAACACGAAUGGAUAUCAAAACAAAAUACCCCUGUUUGUGGUAACAAGGAGACGCGGCUGACAAACCUACCUUGGUCUACACUUUCUGCAAAUGGAUUAGAAUCAUCAUUUAUUUGUUGUUUGUUAGGUCUGCUGACUGGACCGGGAAAGCUCACAGAGCCAGAUCAAGUGUUCGAUAAAUUGGACCGCUCAGAAUUUCCUUUUUUUGCGAUGUUCAGGUUCAUAGCAUCAUGUCAAGCUGAAAUUUGUGCCCAUUUAAAGUUUUUGCAAGAAUCGGAAUUCGGAAGUCGUACCAAUGCUUAA